GUUGUUGUAACUUGCAUGCGUACAAGUUGAAACUACUGUACCAAACUUUUCAAGUUUGCGUUUCUAUGUACGCUACUUUUCAGUGUUGUGUGACACAUUGAUGUACAAGUGCAAGUGCAAGUCAAUAUUUUGUUAAUUCGCCAAAUGAUCAAAUAUCUGCGCGAAAUAAUGAAUCUGAUUCAUCCCGGCUAUCCGGCAUUAUUUUCAGUGUAUACUGGAGUGUGUUCUACCAUCCAAGGUCUGAAAGAUGUCAUUUAUUCUCACCUUUAGAUCCUCUUUGACCUGUCAUAUGGAAAAAAACUUGACUUGAGAAAAGAAUUUAAGGUCAAAAUGAAAUAAUGUCAUCAGGCAGCAUUUCUGGGUAAAAAUAGAAGGAAUAAUGAAGAGGAAAUCAGACGAAGCCUUUGAGGACUUUGGAAAUAAAGUGAGGCGCAAAGAUUCCAAAGACCAAAAUGUGAAUAACAAAUUGGAUGGAUCUAAUUGCCAACCAAGAUUCUCUUUAAGGCAAAUUCAGUCAUCCAGGAGCCAUUUUCCAUACUAUAGGCAGCCACGAGAAAUUGGCUUCUUUUCUCUGGAUAUUCAGCGAAAGUUUUAUGAUGAUAAAAGUCAGCUAAAGUUUUAUAUUGCUCCUAGCAAUGCUGCCUCAGUGAAUUUUAACCUGAGAGAAGGAUACAAAGAUCUGAUCAAGAAAGACGAAUCUGUGAAGGAAUUUAUUGAUGAUCUGCUCAGAUGGGUGUUGGUUCACAAACAGCUCUUUGUGUUGAGAGACAGUGAAGGGAAUUUACCCUCAGAUGAAACCUUGAAGAGUUUAAACACAGACUUCAUUUGCUGGAGGGGCCUGCUAACCAAGCUGUUAUGUACGCCUUUUGAGAGAAGAGAUGGCUGGUUGAUUGCCAUCAUUCUGUACAGAGGAACAUACUACAUGUGUGAAUAUGACACGGAGGAGAGGAAACACCAGAAACAGCGAAUAACACAGCGUCAAGAUGAGAUGUGCUACUGGGGCUGGAAGUUUGAACAGUACCUUGUGGCAGACUCCCCAAAGAAACUGCCGGACACAACAGGUCCUGUGAACAACUGUGAGGCAUACUGCACCGUGGUCAGGAGUCGACUCACAUCCCACUCAAUGGUGUUUGCCGGUGAAGUGGACGGUCUUGAUCCCAAAUCAACAGAGCCAUGCAAAUAUGUGGAGUUAAAGACUAGUCGAGAGAUAGAUAACAGACGGCAGGAUGAAAACUUUAAACGUUUUAAGCUUAUAAAGUGGUGGGCCCAGAGUUUUCUGCCUGGUGUUCCUACUGUCAUAUGCGGCUUCAGAGAUGACAGUGGUGUGGUACAUAGGCUACAAACCUACAAAACACUGGAUAUUCCAGCAGUAGCCAAAGAUAUCAAUGAUCCCUGGGAUGCUGCAACAUGUUUUAAUUUCCUGGACAAGUUUUUUCAUUUUGUCAAAGAGUCUGUCAAAGUAGAUGACCCCAGAGUGGUGCACCUGUUCUCCUGGAGCCCGGGGGAGGACAUCACGUGUGAGGACAUGGGCACAGACUCGGAGUAUUCCUUCUUACCCCACUGGUACAUCGAUAAGCUUUUCCCCCAGACCUGAUUUGACUGGAGGUCUGCAAACUUUACUGUUAUAUACCAGAGGAGCUAACCCACCAGUCUGAAGACACAUUACACAUGUUAGAUGAUAUGUACUGAUUAUAGCUGUUGAAAGAUUUGUUCACUCCUGUAAGCUAUGGUUAAAUCUCAGUCACAAUUUGGAUCAUAAUCCUUCAUAGUAAAUAAAUGCUGCAUUUCUGUACAGUCCCAUUACCUCUCCAUUCACACUUGCAAUGUGAAGUGUUUAAUAAGUCAUCCUUUGUGAACAUUAGAUUAAAUGCAGGUUAGGAAUGGUUACAGUGUGUAAAGGGAGUGUUGCAGAGCGUAUGCAGUUAAGAUUUUUUUUUACUGAAAUAUGAUUAAUAUGGCAGCAGUAGGAGUCAGGUCUAUGAACUAUACCAAGCAGAGCUAAAUAAAAUCACCGCAACUGUAA